AUGUGGGAAGAAGAUAUACCAAACGAAUUAAAAGAAGAGUGGAGGAUGUAUCUUACGACCAUCGCGCAGCAGCGCAGUCCGACCGAGGAUAACCCUCUUCAGGCCCAUUCGUUCACGGAUGGCGAGUGUUACGCAUACCAAGAAGAUCCGAACCGAAAUCGGUACCUUCAUGCUUAUAACAGCAAUCAGCAGGUCUUUCAGUGGGCGAACCGAGAAUAUCAACUCUGGGUUGACAACGCGUACCGCGCCCAGAUCGGUGCUUCUGCGGAUCGCGGGUGUCGAAGCUUUUUGCAGCAUUGA